UUACAUCGUGCCCUAAACCAUAGCCCAUUUCACACCUCAAUCUGGUUCGUCUGAAUUUCGAAACAGAGAGACACACUCGCUCACUCUGCUUGCCAAGUCCCAACUCCGCCGCAGCCGCCCACCGGAGUCGGAGAUGAAGAAGAUCUUCGGCGCGAAGAAGAGCAAGGAACCGCCCCCGUCAAUUCAGGAUGCCACAAAUCAGAUAAACAAGAGGGGGGAGAGCGUGGACGAGAAGAUCAGGAAGCUGGACGAGGAGCUGGCCAGGUACAAGGAGCAGAUCCGCCGGACCCGGCCGGGGCCCUCGCAGGACGCCAUCAAGGCCCGCGCCGUCAGGCUCCUCAAGCACAAGCGCAUGUACGAGGAACAGCGAACCGUGCUCUACAACCAGACCUACAACCUCGACCAGGUCGGGUUCGCCGCCGACGGUCUCAAGGACGCCCAGCAGACUAUGAAUGCGAUGAAGGCAGCGAAUAAGGAACUCAAGGGGAUGAUGAAAACUGUCAAGAUCGAGGACAUUGAUAAUAUGCAAGAUGAAAUGACGGAUUUGAUGGACGUGAGCAACGAAAUACAAGAAUCUCUCGGUAGAAGCUACAAUAUCCCAGAUGACGUUGAUGAGGAAGAGCUAAUGGGAGAGCUGGAUGCUCUAGAAGCUGAUAUGGAGUUCGAGUCUGCUGCAGUCCCAUCAUAUCUUCAGCCAGACGAGGAACCUGAUCUUAACCUGCCCGCUGCACCGUCUUAUCCUACAGCAGUUCCACUAAACAGGCACCAGGAGGAUGAGCUAGGGAUGCCAGCAGUACCUCGAGCAUCGCUCCGUAGUUAGAAGUGUCUUAUGUACCUUAUUCUUAGCGUUACCUUGAUGUUAAUGUGAAGUUGAGUUGUGCUAUGAGCAAUCCCUCCGUGUAAGCCGCUUGUACUGCCUCUGAUGAUGGAUAAGUUGUCACGCUGAUUGUGUCUGUGAUGCUUGUUUAACUUUGGUUA